AUUCUGUAGUUUUUGGGGGGUUUUAGCUCUGGGACUGAGCCGGUACCAUGGCUGCUGACCCCGGGCUCGAAAUGGCCUCCAUGAUCCCGGCCUUGCGGGAACUUGCCAGUGCGGAGGCAGAUGAAUAUAACACUAUUGUUCAGAAACCAAGACAAAUCCUUUGCCAGUUUAUAGACCGGAUUCUGACAGAUGUGGACGUUGUUGCUGUGGAGCUGUCAAAGAAUACUGAUUCUCAGCCAAGUUCUGUAAUGUUGCUGGAUUUUAUUCAACACAUUAUGAAAUCUUCACCAUUAAUGUUUCUCAGUGCAAAUAAUGUUGAUCAGUCUGCCGAAACCAAUCAGAACUGUGUUGCAUUUAGCAACUGGAUCAUUUCCCGGGUCCUACGCAUUGGGGCUACACCAAGCUGCAAAGCUUUGCAUAGAAAAAUUGCUGAAGUCAUCCGCUCCCUGCUUUUUCUUUUCAAGAACAAGAGUCCUUUCCUAUUUGGUGUUCUUACAAAAGAUUUAUUACAUCUUUUUGAAGAUCUUAUCUGCAUACAUGAACAGAACAUGGAGCAAUCCAUAGUUUGGCCUGUGACCGUCUCUAGAUUUCUAAGCAAUGCAUCAGAGAACCAAGCUUAUUUGCGAUGCGCUCCAUUUCAACUAUUAAACAUGCAGUGCAUUGAGCCUUUAGAAUCCACUCUGCUAAUGGUUUUGAUGGAUAAUGAAAAUGAUAUCUUUCCGGUGUUUUUCCAAAGGCAGAACCUCCUUCUUUGGGGCAUCGGGUGCUCUCUCUUGGACUAUGGAACUACACCACUUAAGAUACAAGCGUUACAUUUUUUAAGAGAACUAAUAAAAUUAGGGGGUCCACCAGAACAGGGUGCAUAUUUUUUCUUUAUUGUUUUUUUUGGGAUACUAACUUAUAUAAAAGACAUGGAUUUAGAAGAACUGUCUCUCUAUGAGAUGCCACUUUUAGAAUUAGUAAGGGUUUUGUUCAUAUUUGAAUCUAAAUCUUACCUAAGCAUUGAACCUGUCUAUCUAAACAUGUUGCUGGAAAAACUUGCUGCUCUCUUUAAAGCAGGUAUCCUGAAGAAUAUUCAGUCAGCUCCCCUAAAAGAAGCUCUUUGCUAUAUGGUCCAUUAUUUCCUUAGUGUUGUACCUCCAGGCUAUGAAUCUGCCAAAGAAGUUCGUGAGGUACAUGUUCGCUGCAUCUGUAGUGCUUUUGUUGAUGUCCUUGGACUUCAGAGCAAACAAGAAUACUUGGUUUUCCCCCUUCAUGAAGCAUUAAGAGUAGAAAGUUUGGCAUACAUGCAGCAGCAAAGCAUGCAGCCCUUAAGCACAGACUCAGAGGGUGGUGGGAGCAGCAGCAGCGAUGAAGUUCAGGAGAAGCGACCACGUCUAAGCCUAACUGCAAAACCCCUGAGGAGGAACAUACCAUCAACACCUGCACCUGUGGAUAUGAAGACAAAGAGCAUGCUUUGGAAAGCAGUGAGUGCAAAACUCUCCUCUCUUUUAUGCAAAUUGGAAGGCGAUGAGGUUUCAGAAGAAGAGAUGGUUUCUUUAUUGGAGGGUGUCAAUACAACUAUAUGUGUUGCUGCUCUCAGUAUAGUUCAUAUCUUCGCUAAAAAUUCAACACACACUAAUCAGUCAGUAUCUGACUUGAGCAAUACUUCUGGCAUUCAGUUGGUAGAAAUGGUACCUCAGGUUUCCUGGGUCAGUCCAGAGGAUAUACUAAAAAUACUUAAAAUUUGCAGAAAGAUUCUUGAUUCUGCACACCAGCGAGCCAGUAUAAAUGACAUUCUGAUGAAGAUAAUCAAAAUAUUUGAUGCAAUACUCUACAUUCAUGCAGGAACUAGGUUAAAUGACGAAACGCUUAAAGAUUUGUGUGCCAUGAUCUCAUUACCCUGGUUUCAGAAUCACUCAAAUCAUGCUUCGUUUAAAGUGGCAUCAUUUGACCCAGCGUUGGUGACAUUAAGUGAGCAGAUCAGCCAACAUUUCUCACCUGAAAUUCAGUCUCAGCUUGUUUUCCUCCUGUGCCUGUUUCCAAAAAUGUUAUGCCCUGAAUGGAGAUUAGCAGUGUACCACUGGGCAUUGGAUAGCCAACAUGAGAUUGUCCGUGCCCGCUGCAUCAAAGGAUUCCCUGUUCUUCUGUGCAAUAUUAGCCAGCAGGGGUAUGGUCCAAUUCCCAAGAUUUUAAUUGAACGUUUGAAUGAUGCCUCUGAGUUGGUGAAGAGGGAGUUAGCCAAUGCAGUGGGUAUGUUUGCCUCUGGCCUUGCUAGCGGUAUUGAGCUGCAGUAUUCACCUAUGGCACCUACAGCAGCAGCAUCUGACUUCCUUUGUAGCAGCCUGAGAGUUACUGCUUUACCUUCAUCUGAACAAUCUCGUAUGACCGCCUCUACAUUAAAACCAUUCCUGGCACUGCUUGAUCGAAACAUGCCAAGCUCCGUCAAAAUGGCAUUUAUUGAAAAUAUGCCGAUGCUUUUUGAUCACCUCUCUUUUGAGAAAGAUGAUAUUGAUUCCCGAACUGUAAUUGAAUCGUUGUUAAACCUAAUGGAGGAUCCGGACCAGGAUGUAAGGAUAGCUUUUAGUGGGAACAUAAGAUAUCUGUUGACAUGUGCAGAAUAUGAGGAAGGAUAUCUAAAGGAGAUUCUAGUCUCAAGGAUGAAAAAAGCAUACACAAAUGCCAAGAUGUCACGUGAUAAUGAGAUGAAGGACACUCUAAUUCUUACAACUGGUGAUAUAGGAAGGGCAGCAAAAGGAGAGUUGGUACCAUUUGCAUUGUUGCAUCUGCUGCAUUGCCUGCUAUCAAAAUCCACAUCUGUGGCAGGAGCAUCUUAUACAGAAAUCCGAUCUCUUGCAGCAGCAAAGUCCACCAGUCUGCAGAUUUUUUUUAGCCAGUACAAGAAACCAAUUUGCCAGUUUCUUGUAGAAUCGCUUCAUUCAAGCCAGGCAGCCCUUCUGACCAACACACCUGGCCGAAGCAGUGAAAUGCAGAAGCAAGAGGCAGCACAUCAUAGAGAAGCUGCACUUGACAUUUUAUCUGAAAUAGCAAAUGUAUUUGAUUUCCCAGACUUAAACCGCUUUUUAACGAGGACUUUGCAACUUUUGCUUCCAUAUCUUGCUGCCAAAGCUAGUCCAACAGCCUCUACUCUGAUAAGAACCAUUGCCAAACAACUUAAUGUGAAUCGAAGGGAGAUCCUGAUCAAUAACUUCAAGUAUAUAUUCUCUCAUUUGGUUUGUUCCUGCACAAAAGAUGAGCUAGAGAAGUCCCUUCAUUAUCUAAAGAAUGAAACCGAAAUUGAGUUGGGUAGUUUACUGAGACAGGACUACCAGGGACUGCACAAUGAACUACUCCUGCGCCUGGGAGAGCACUAUCAGCAGGUCUUUAAUGGGCUUUCUAUAUUAGCAUCAUUCGCAUCCAGUGAUGAUCCAUAUCAGGGACCUAGGACCAUCACAAAGCAAGAAAUAAUGGCAGAUUAUUUGCAACCAAAGCUUUUAGGAAUAUUGGCUUUCUUCAAUAUGCACCUGCUGAGUUCCAGUAUUGGCAUUGAAGACAAAAAAAUGGCCUUAAAUAGUCUGGUAUUUUUAAUGAAACUGAUGGGUCUAAAGCAUAUAAGUUCCGUUAGGGUUAAGAUGAUGACAACGUUAAGAACUGGCCUACGCUAUAAAGAGGAAUUUCCAGAACUCUGCUGCAGUGCAUGGGACUUGUUUGUUCGCUGCUUGGAUCCAGCGUAUCUGGGCUCCCUCCUCAGUCAUGUGAUUGUUGCAUUGCUGCCUCUGUUGCACAUCCAGCCUAAAGAAACUGUUGCAGUGUUCCGCUAUCUUAUAGUUGAGAACAGGGUUGCUGUUCAGGAUUUCCUUCAUGAAAUUUAUUUUCUACCUGAUCAUCCAGAAUUGAAAGAAAUUCAGAAGGUUCUGCAAGAAUACAGGAAAGAAACCACCAAAAGCACAGAUUUGCAGACGGCCAUGCAACUGUCCAUAAGAGCCAUCCAGCAUGAAAAUGUAGAUGUUCGCAUGCAUGCCCUUACUAGUCUGAAAGAGACACUCUACAAGAACCAGGCUAAACUGCUGCAGUAUUCAACAGACAGUGAAACUGUCGAACCAGUUAUCUCACAGCUGGUAACAGUGCUGUUAAUUGGCUGCCAAGAUGCCAAUCCACAAGCCCGUCUAUUUUGUGGUGAAUGCCUUGGCCAACUUGGAGCCAUAGAUCCAGGGCGAUUGGAUUUCUCAGCCAGUGAAACACAAGGGACAAGGGGCUUUACUUUUGUUUCAGGAGUUGAGGAUUCAGAUUUUGCCUAUGAACUGCUCACAGAGUUAACAAGAGCAUUUCUUGCCUAUGCUGAUAAUGUCCGUGCCCAGGACUCUGCUGCUUACGCCAUACAGGAGCUUCUCUCUAUUUAUGAGUGCAAAGAAGGAAGGACUGAUUGUCCUGGGCGUAGGCUCUGGAAGAGAUUCCCAGAACAUGUUCAAGAAAUAUUGGAGCCACAUCUUAACACCAGAUACAAGAGUUCCAAAAAGGCUGUAAACUGGUCCAGAGUGAAAAAGCCCAUUUAUCUGAGCAAAUUAGGCAAUAACUUUGCAGACUGGUCAGCAACAUGGGCAGGUUACCUCAUAACUAAGGUUCGACAUGAGUUCGCUAGGAGAGUUUUCGGCUGUUGUAGUAUAAUGAUGAAGCAUGACUUUAAAGUGACCAUUUACCUGCUCCCACAUAUUCUGGUCUAUGUGUUGUUAGGAUGUAACAAAGAAGAUCAACAAGAGGUAUAUGCUGAAAUCAUGGCAGUCUUGAAGCAUGAAGAUCCACUAAUGCGUCGGUUACAGGACAGCGCCUCAGAUGUGAGUCAGCUCAGUACCCAAACAGUCUUCUCCAUGCUUGAUCACCUUACUCAGUGGGCACGGGAAAAAUUCCAGGCACUUAAUGCUGAGAAAACAAACACCAAACCAGGACACAGAGGGGAACUGAAGGCAGUAUCUAAUGAAGACUAUGGAGAGUAUCAGAAUGUAACAAGGUUCUUAGAUCUCAUACCUCAGGAUACUUUGGCUGUUGCUUCCUUUCGCUCCAAAGCUUAUACCAGAGCUGUCAUGCACUUUGAAUCCUUUAUAAUGGAGAAGAAACAAGAAAUUCAGGAGCACCUUGGAUUUCUACAGAAACUGUAUGCUGCUAUGCAUGAGCCAGAUGGAGUAGCUGGGGUAAGCGCCAUUCGCAAGAAAGAAGCUUCUCUGAAAGAACAGAUCUUGGAGCAUGAAAGUAUUGGUUUGUUGAGAGAUGCCACCGCUUGCUAUGAUAGAGCCAUUCAGCUUAAACCUGAGGAGAUAAUUCACUAUCACGGGGUAGUGAAGUCUAUGCUGGGUCUUGGCCAGUUGUCUACCGUAAUUACUCAAGUUAACGGAGUGUUAAAUAGCAGGCCAGAGUGGACAGCUGAACUAAACACGUAUAGAGUGGAAGCAGCAUGGAAACUCUCACAGUGGGAUUUAGUGGGGGAUUACUUAUCUGCAGACAGAAAAUCUACCACAUGGAGUAUUAGGCUGGGGCAGCUUCUGCUGGCAGCUAAAAAGGGAGAGAGCGAUAGGUUUUAUGAAACACUCAAAGUUGUGCGAGCCGAACAAAUUGUUCCACUGUCUGCUGCCAGCUUUGAAAGGGGCUCCUACCAACGAGGAUAUGAGUACAUAGUAAGGUUGCACAUGUUAUGUGAGCUGGAACAUAGUGUAAAGAUGUUUCUUCAGAAGUCUUCUGUUGAGCCCCCAGUAGACUCUCUAAACUUGCCAGCACGGCUAGAAAUGACACAGAAUUCCUACAGAGCAAGAGAGCCCAUCUUGGCACUUCGCAGGGCAUUGCAAACAAUCAACAAAAGGCCUAAUGAUGCAGAUAUCAUUGGUGAGUGUUGGCUGCAAAGUGCCCGAGUUGCACGCAAGGCCGGACAUCAUCAGGCUGCUUACAAUGCACUACUUAAUGCUGGGGAGUCCAGACUGUCUGAGCUCAACGUUGAAAGGGCAAAGUGGCUCUGGUCCAAGGGUGAUGUACAUCAAGCUCUCAUUGUUCUCCAGAAGGGAGCAGAACUGUUCCUGUCAAAUACCAUCGCUCCACCAGAACAGCAGCUUAUCCAUGGCAGAGCCAUGCUGCUGGUGGGCCGAUUGAUGGAAGAGACUGCCAACUUUGAAAGCAAUGCUGUGAUGAAGAAGUAUAAAGAUGUAACAACACUGUUGCCCGAAUGGGAAGAUGGGCAUUUUUACCUUGCCAAGUACUAUGACAAACUGAUGCCAAUGGUUACUGAUAACAAAAUGGAGAAGCAAGGAGACUUGAUACGAUAUAUAGUACUUCACUUUGGAAGGUCCUUACAGUUUGGAAACCAGUAUAUUUAUCAGUCGAUGCCACGUAUGCUUUCGCUUUGGCUGGAUUUUGGAGCUAAGGUCUAUGAAUGGGAAAAAGCUGGUCGUGCGGACAGAUUGCAGAUGAAAAAUGAAUUAAUCAAAAUAAAUAAGGUGAUUUCUGACCAUAAAAACCAACUUGCUCCUUAUCAGUUCCUCACGGCUUUCUCACAGCUAAUCUCCAGAAUAUGUCACUCUCAUGAUGAGGUGUUUGCCGUUUUGAUGGAAAUUGUGGCAAAGGUAUUUGUGGCAUACCCUCAGCAGGCAAUGUGGAUGAUGACUGCUGUGUCUAAGUCGUCUUAUCCAAUGCGUGUAAACAGAUGCAAAGAAAUACUCAAUAAAGCCAUACAUAUGAAGCCGUCCCUAGGAAAAUUUAUUGGAGAUGCAACUCGCCUCACUGAUAAACUGCUGGAGCUUUGCAAUAAGCCGGUUGAUGGAAAUACCAGCAUCCUCAGUAUGAAUAUCCACUUCAGAAUGCUGAAGAAAUUAGUAGAAGAACUAACAUUUAGUGAAAUCCUUAUUCCUCUACAGUCAGUAAUGAUUCCCACCCUACCCUCUACUGCAGGAAAGCGCGACCAUGCUGAUCAUGAUCCGUUCCCUGGCCACUGGGCUUACAUUGCAGGCUUUGAUGACGCGGUAGAGAUACUGCCUUCUCUCCAGAAACCAAAGAAAAUUUCUCUAAAAGGUUCAGAUGGGAAAUCAUACAUUAUGAUGUGUAAACCUAAAGAUGAUCUUAGAAAGGAUUGCCGGCUGAUGGAAUUUAACUCUUUAAUCAACAAGUGUUUACGUAAAGAUGCCGAAUCACGAAGGAGAGAACUUCAUAUACGGACCUAUGCUGUCAUUCCACUGAAUGAUGAAUGUGGAAUAAUAGAGUGGGUGAAUAAUACUGCAGGAUUCCGGAACAUAUUGAUCAAGCUGUACAAGGAAAAAGGUAUAUACAUGGGAGGAAAGGAACUCCGGCAAUGUAUGCUUCCCAAGGGAGCACCGCUGCAAGAAAAGCUGAAAGUCUUUAAAGAGGCUCUGUUGCCUCGUCACCCCCCUUUGUUCCAUGAAUGGUUUUUAAGAACAUUUCCUGAUCCUACUUCUUGGUAUAACAGCAGAUCAGCCUAUUGCCGUUCUACUGCUGUGAUGUCUAUGGUAGGUUACAUACUGGGCCUAGGGGACCGCCAUGGAGAGAACAUUCUUUUUGACUCACUUACUGGGGAAUGUGUCCAUGUGGAUUUCAACUGCCUCUUUAACAAGGGUGAAACAUUUGAAGUUCCAGAGAUUGUCCCCUUUCGCCUAACUCAUAACAUGGUCAAUGGUAUGGGCCCCAUGGGGACAGAAGGACUUUUUCGACGAGCAUGUGAAGUCACUAUGAGGUUAAUGAGAGACCAGAGGGAGCCACUUAUGAGUGUGCUGAAACCCUUCUUACAUGAUCCUUUGGUGGAAUGGAGUAAACCAGCAAGAGGGGGAAGUAAAGGUCAAGUCAACGAGACCGGAGAAGUGGUGAAUGAAAAGGCCAAAACACAUGUUCUUGACAUAGAGCAGCGGCUACAAGGUGUAAUUAAGACUAGGAAUCGUGUAAAGGGACUUCCGCUCUCAAUUGAAGGACAUGUCCAUUAUCUGAUCCAAGAAGCCACAGAUGAGAACCUUCUUAGCCAGAUGUACUUGGGGUGGGCACCGUAUAUGUGAUGUUGCUCAUGUGGAACAUCUCUUGUUCUGUCAGAUUUUGAAUAAGUACAUUUGUAAUUAACUGUAGAUGUAUAUUUGUUAGAAUACGUGUUCUAUCAUUUCUGGGUUGAGUUACAAGCAUAUAAGGAACAAAAUAUGGAAACUUUAAAUGUUUUCCUUUCAAAAAGGUUUGAAAAUGUCUGCUGUUUUAGGCAGAAAAUACCUGUUUAUGUUAUUACAAUAGAGUACGAUAGUUACAAUACAUUACAGUAAAUGGUUUUCUUUUGCUGGAGAUGCCAUGCAUCUGUUAAAACAUUACAAUAAAACAUUUUGUAUAGUAUUUUCUGUAUAAUAUGUUUCUGUUUUGGAACACUUUUUUGAAAAAUAAAUAAUUUCUAAUAAGGUU